GCCUCGAGAUCUUUGUCUUCUCACGUCCAGGACGGAAGGCGCCGAGCAGGGCGGGGUUGGGCCGUAUCAACGGCCGUUAACGGUCGGAGCUCCAGGCCGCAGCGGCUCCCUUCGGCCGCCGGUCCUCCCUCGCAGCUCCGGCCUCACCAGGCGCCCCUGAGAGCCGGGGGCCUUGAAUUCGCCUCUCGAACGUUGGAAAGUCUCCAGUGCAACUGGAAAAACAACUUCAAUUGAUCCAUCUUCCCUAAAAUACGCAGGCAGCCAGCUACGAAUUGCAACUAUGCUUGAAGACAGUUUAGAUAUACUGAAUGGAUGUAGCAAAGUUCGAACUGGUAUUCAGAAUGAAGCAGCAUUACUUGCCUUAAUGGAAAAGACGGGUUACAGCAUGGUUCAGGAAAAUGGGCAAAGAAAAUUUGGUGGUCCUCCUCCAGAUUGGGAAGGUCCACCUCCACCCAGAGGGUGUGAAGUUUUUGUUGGAAAGAUCCCUCGUGAUAUGUAUGAAGAUGAAUUGGUUCCCGUGUUUGAGAGAGCUGGAAAGAUAUAUGAAUUCCGACUUAUGAUGGAAUUUAGUGGUGAGAAUAGAGGUUAUGCCUUUGUGAUGUAUACUACUAAAGAAGCAGCCCAGUUGGCUAUCAGAAUUCUUAAUAAUUUUGAGAUUCGUCCAGGGAAGUUUAUUGGUGUCUGUGUGAGUCUAGAUAAUUGCAGAUUAUUCAUUGGAGCUAUUCCUAAAGAAAAGAAGAAAGAGGAAAUAUUGGAUGAGAUGAAGAAUGUUACUGAAGGAGUUGUGGAUGUCAUUGUUUAUCCAAGUGCCACAGACAAAAGCAAAAAUCGUGGUUUUGCUUUUGUUGAAUAUGAGUCCCAUAGAGCUGCUGCUAUGGCUAGGAGAAAACUCAUUCCAGGAACAUUCCAGCUCUGGGGCCACACUAUUCAGGUUGAUUGGGCAGACCCAGAAAAGGAGGUCGAUGAAGAAACAAUGCAGAGAGUUAAAGUGCUAUAUGUAAGAAAUUUAAUGAUCUCCACUACCGAAGAAACAAUUAAGGCAGAAUUCAACAAGUUUAAGCCAGGGGCUGUUGAACGUGUUAAGAAACUUAGAGACUAUGCUUUUGUUCACUUUUUCAAUCGAGACGAUGCCAUGACUGCUAUGUCUGUUAUGAAUGGAAAAUACAUUGAUGGAGCAGGUAUUGAGGUAACAUUGGCAAAACCAGUGAAUAAAGAGAACACCUGGAGGCAACAUCUUAAUGGUCAUAUUAGCCCUAACUCUGAAAACCUACUCUUAUUUCCUAACAAAGAAGAGGGACACCUAAAAAUUCUGGGUAAACCUACAUUUCUUCCACCUCGUCUUAAUGGUCAGCAAAGUCCAAAACAAAUUCCCGAAAUUGAGAGAUAUACUUAUCCGUAUUUCCCUGGGACAAAACUCACUCCAAUUAGUAUGUAUUCUUUAAAAUGGAAUCAGUUCAAUUCUGCAGUAAUGCAUUUGGAUUAUUACUGCAACAAAAAUAAUUGGGCUCCACCAGAGUAUUAUUUGUAUUCAACAACAAGUCAAGAUGGAAAAAUUCUUUUGGUGUAUAAAGUAGUUAUUCCUGCUCUCUCAAAUGGUGCCCAGAGUUAUUUCAUGCCUGACAAACUCUGUACAACACUAGAAGACGCAAAGGAAAUGGCUGCCCAGUUUACAUUACUCCAUUUAGAAAGGCGGGAGGUAGAAAGAGUGCUCUGGGACUCAGGACUGCGACACAUUUGUAAACAUUUUCAUGGUCGUCUUCCCCAUUUAGAGUACAGGGAGAGCAGUCUCUUCAGCCUGGACCUGUAUAAGAGAAUUUGGAGAAAAUAAAAUUAGCAGACUACAAUUUCCAUCGCAGCUCAGUAAAUAGUAUUUCCCCUGUUAAUGCCAUUCUCACUUCUGGGACACCCAGCAUGCUUCCGUACACAUCAAGGCCUUAUUCUUAUCCACGCUAUCCCUUGUCACCGACAGUAUCACUUGCGAACUGCAGCCAUGUUGGACAGCGACCCUGUGUCUCCAAUCAGGCCUCGUUCUUCAGAAGAAAAUGUAAAAAUCAGUAUGAAAAUUGAUUGUCAAUUCAUAUGAAAGCUGUUUUACUUUUGGAUUGGGUUUGCCCAUUUAGUUUUGAAAUGCAAAAUACAUUUGUUUCAAACUAGUAACUCUAACAGUGUACAUGAAUGCUUACAUUUACUGAACUAAGGGAAUAAAAUUUUAAAGUGCUAUUAAAUGAUUUCUCUUAAACGGGAUACAGUAGUAUACUGCGAUUUUAAAUAUUUCCAAUUCCUGGUCCAAGUGUGGGCAGCAGAACUCGGUGGUUUAUGUUCAAAAUGUUUCAGAUCAUUUCUUUACAUACCUUUAGUAUUUAAACAUGCAGAUCCCUAGUUACGUUAGGUCUGAUUUGCCAAAGAUCACUUUCUAUGUUAGAGAUUAAAACAAUUAUUUAACAAGAAGCAUGUAACCAUUAUGUGGCCAGAGAAUGAUGAGGGAAAAAGAUUAAGGAAAUUGUAUUUGGUAACAGUAAUAUUAAAAAAAAAAACUAUUGUGGUUCUUGAAAAUCUCUUUGACUAUUUUAGCCAAGAAAAGUACCAGCUUAAGUAGUAAAUCACAUUAUCUUUGCUGUUAAUUUAUUCAAAGCUAUGCUUCAUUGAAUUUGUGAUGUUUUAAUUGUUUAGUAGUUUGAGUAAGAAAUGUUACUGUAUAUUUAAAACGUUAAAAUCAUGUUUUAAGUUCUGUACUUGAAUCCCAGCACUUUCACAUUAAAUUUUUGCUCCCUUAA